AUUAUUUUUAUUUCAACAUGUCCCUUUGCAAAGUUCGAGUUCUUCAUUUUCGUCUAACCCAGCAACCGCCACUGUAGUUCAAAGUUCAAACACACUCCACUGGUUCAUCGUGGUGUUCUUGGUUGAUGCCUUAAAAAUGGCACUAUGCCAUCCUUUUUUAGUCACCAAUCAUGGACCUGUAACUUCCCUAACUUCAACCUUUCUCUCUGGAACAACACCUUCAUCCUUUUCCAUCAAUACAAAACCAAAAACCUAUAACCUAAAAAAUCUCACUCUUUCAAUCUCAUGUUCGUCUCUUAAAACUGUGCGCGACCGCACUCUAGAUAGACACGUUGUAACGAAGAACAGAAUCCGGUUUGUUCAGAAGCUGAAAACCUUGCUUCUUUCUAAACCAAAGCAUUAUCUUCCAAUUCGUAUUCUAUCCAAAUGUAGGGCUUAUCUUUCACUUCACAAGCCUCGGUCGUUACUUUCUAUGAUCCAUCGGUAUCCAUCCAUUUUUGAAAUGUUUACUAUCCCGUGGCCAGAUGUACCUCUCAAUGCAACAAAGUUGUAUCCUCAGCCCUGUGUUCGAUUAACUCCGGCUGCAGCCGCCCUUGCAACCGAGGAAUUGAAUCUUCAAUAUUCUAUUUCGACGGUAUUGGCAAACAAACUCCAGAAACUGCUUAUGCUUUCUUCUCACCGAAGGUUACUUAUGGCGAAACUGGUUCACCUUGCUCCUGAUCUUGGUCUUCCUCCUAAUUUCAGAGGCCGGUUGUGCAAUGACCAUCCUGACAAAUUCAAGAUUGUUAACACUUCAUAUGGCUGUGCACUUGAACUUGUAUCAUGGGAUAGUGAUUUGGCAAAGGCUUUACCGCCUCGUGAGUCUCAUUCGCUUGAUUUAAUAGUUGACCGACCUUUGAAGUUCAAGCAAUUGAGACUUCGAAAGGGGCUUAAUUUAAAGAGGCCUCACCAGGAAUUCUUGCUGAAGUUUGAAGAAAUGCCAGAAGUGUGCCCCUAUAGCAACCCUGCUGAGAGUUUGGCCAAGGAAUCGAUUGAGGCAGAAAAGAGAUGCUGUGCUGUUAUAAGGGAGGUUCUUGGAAUGACGACUGAAAAGAGGACUUUAAUAGAUCAUUUGACGCAUUUCAGAAAGGAGUUUGGCCUCCCAAACAAGUUGAGAGGAUUGAUUGUGAGGCAUCCGGAAUUAUUUUAUACGAGUGUUAAAGGGCUUAGGGACUCAGUUUUCCUGGUCGAGGAGUUUGAUGAGAAGGGUAACUUAUUACAAAAGGAUGAGAUUUUAGCCUUACAAAAUAAAUGGAUGUACUUGGCGAGGGAGUCAAAGAGAAUGAGAAAAGAGAGAAGGAAGGCUAGGUCUGCCAAAAAUAUUGGCAGGUUGAGUGGUGUUAAUCAAAAGCAUGACGAGAGCGAUGUUGAUUCUGAUGAAGAUAUUGAGAUUGAUAAUUUUGAAGAUGGUUAUGAUGAUGGUUUUGAGGAUAUAUUUGAAGAUUUGGAUUUUGAAGCUGAGGAUUAUGACAACAGAAACAAUUUGUUUGCCAACAAGGUUGGGGAAUUUUGGACAGCAGGACCUUUUCCAAUUCAAAAUGGUUUGGACGGAGGACAGAAACAACCUUGGUAAUUUUCAAAGUGAAGAACAUAAAUUUUGAUCUGGAUGAAGGGAAGGAGUUUCAACAGACUGUACCAUAUGACAAUGGAGAUAAUGUUCUAAACUGGACUAUUGACUAUUGAUCAUUCAAAGGAAGAUCGUGUCUAUAAUAGGGUCGAGUCUAUAUAAUUUCAAUAUUAUUUUUUAUAAAUCAUGUGUAUAGGAAUAUUGAUUUUGUAAAUGAGUGAUGACUCUAGUUUUAGGUGUUAUCUACAGGAUCCUCCUUUUUUCCUUAUGAUUAUGUAAUGCAAUGCUUCUGAUUCCAAGUGUUGUUUUAAGGUUGUAAGAAUGAUCAUAAGCAAAAAGAACUUGAAAAUUUGGAGCCAUGACAUUAGCUUUUUAUUCAA